UCAAGCAUCUCUCUAAUGAGUGCACAUCCCGUGAUCGUUACGCAGUUCGCUCCGGCGUCGUCGACCUUGUGUGUUUCUAUAAAAAAAUAGUGCUGGUUGUGGGCGAUAGCUGAUAACAAUAUUUAAAAAAAAAAUAAAAAAAUAAAAAAAAGUUUAAACUUCACCGAGACUGGCUUUUAUCUCUGCAAGAAACUCUUUUUAAGUCAAAAUUUGGAUACGUCGUGUCUCUGCUUUCUGCAAUUGAUUUUAGCACAAGCAUAAUUUGAAGAACGUUGCUGAUUUGUUAGUGAUAGGAUGACUUCAUUUAAACCAGUGACACACGUAAUUUUCGAUUUUGACGGAUUAAUUUUGGAUUCUGAGAAACUGUAUUUUGAGGUGCAUCGGGAGAUAUGCAGUGGAUACGGGAGGGUGUACAGUUGGGAGUUGCAGCAAGGGCUGAUGGGUCGUCUGCGAAGAGAGCUGGUGCAAGGGAUCAUCGAGGCGCUGGACGUGCCGGCAAGUCUGGACGAGUACCUGGACGAGGCGAGGAAGAGAUACGAGGCCUUGUUCCCGACCGCUCAGCUGCUCCCAGGGGCAGAGAGGCUGGUGCGGCACCUGGUGGGCCACGGAGUGCCCGUCGCCGUGGCGACCAGCAGCAGCGCGGAGAGCAUGGGCUACAAGACCACACACCACAAGGAGCUGAUGGCCUUGUUCCACCACGUGGUGAUGGGCUCCUCGGACCCCGACGUGAAGCAGGGCAAGCCCCACCCAGACAUCUUCCUGGUGUGCGCGUCCCGCUUCCCGGACCGGCCGCAGCCCCACCAGUGCCUGGUGCUGGAGGAUGCUCCCAACGGGGUCGCCGCGGCCUGCGCCGCCGGCAUGCAGGUGGUGAUGGUGCCGGACCCACGCCUCUCCCCGGACCUCACCCGGGGCGCCACCCUGGUGCUGCCGUCCUUGGAGCACUUCCGGCCCGAGCUGUUCGGCCUGCCGCCCUUCUAGCCUGCACUCAGACACCGCCAGCGCUCCGGUCUGCACUGCACUCCGCAGCAGGUCUCCGGGCUCAGUUCCCGUCGUUCCUUUGUCACAUGCCGUGCUCACCCGUGCGUGGGUCGCACAUUUCAUGCCGAGUUUUAGUUAAAAAAAAUGUAGUGCUAUCCUUAUGCGGGUAUUUCACUUUGGGUUUAAAAAAUAAUUAUUGCACUGUGUGGCUGCAUAUGUAUGUAAAUAACUAACCUAUGUUGGUUUUAAUAGUAGUAAUUAUAAUUUGUUAAAUGGAAACAUGCCUGCAGUACUGUGAAGCUCCACGAACAGCGCAAUUAUCUGUGUCUGCCGCCACCGGCAAGUGACACGUCUGCUGCGCUGCGUAGGCUAGUGGCGCGGAGGCGAAUGCCAGAGAAUGCGACCCACACUCGGGGGUAAGUGUGGUAAUGUGGGAGGCAGCGGCCGUCCACAGACUGGUCCUGCCUCGAGCAACGCCAGCUUUAACUGUUGUAAGCUAGUCUUUAUGUAUAGUUCGAACAGAAACCCACCCGACUGUUCAGAUAUUAACUUCUCGAUGCUUUACAACUUGAUAUUUAUGUACUUGUGAUCAGGUAGUGUAUUGUUUGCUGAAUUGGGAUAAUGUUUUGGUUUUUUUUUAUUUAUUAUUUUUGAAUUUAUUGUGGCUAGAGUUUAAUUUUCUCAGACACAAUUUUACUUGGUGACGUCCAUUACAGUUCAAAUAUUAUGCUUGAAUUACAAAUCAGUGUCUUAUUCGUGGCAGAUUAGUAAGAGAAGGAAAUGAAUGAUGUGCCUUGUACAGGUCCGGCCUAGCUAGUCCUCGUGCAGCUGUCUGAUAUUUAGCUCACUGCGACAGUAGUCUUUACGUUUAUUACAAGCUUAGCUAACAUUUCACAUUUUCACUUAAACAAUACUCAUAAACACAAUAGCAAGUCAAAUGCUUUUAAGGGUGAUACCAAUGUCAUAAUUACUAUUAAAGGUUGAGAAGUCAACUAGGAAGUGGUAAGGCUCUGUAUGUACUUAACUAGGGGUCUUCUUCAGGUAGCCAACUGCAAGAGACUGCACAUGUGUCAGCCAAUCAGGGGAUGGCUGUCCUGUCUUUGCCUUAUGCAUCGUCCAAUCAUGUUUGAUCUCUUCUCAUUGGUUGUGUUGGUCAUUUGGCGUAACACCCAAGGCAGCUUUCCUCCUUUUGCUUACUGCUGGUGUUUCCCCCCCCCCCACCCUUUAUAAUUGGUGUCCAUGUUUCACUUGGCUUAUAACCAUUUUCACGUUGUUGUUUAGGUGUUGAAUAUUUCUAUGGCUUCUCUAACUAUCCUAACUUUUCUAUGUUCGAUAGUUUCAAAUUCAUCAAAAUCUAUAUAGUAUGUUUGGAGACAGAAGAAAUUUCUGCUGUGGCAGAUCUGUGUUACUCUUGUGAAUAAUUGUCUAAAUAAGUCAAACACUAAUAUGCGUAAUGAAUUUAAAUAAACCUUAUUUAAUAACCCACUUACUAUAUAGCAAUUUUUAUUUUAAAUAAAGGGUUAUGAAAUUGUUGGUAAGUUCAACACUAACAUGGAAUAUUAUGCAUUUAAUCUAUAUAAAUAAAUAAUAAUAAUAAAAGUUUAACUUUUUGAAAGGAAUUACGUAGUUCUUAAAAUUGAGCUUUCUGUAAAAAAAACCACACACUUUUAAAACAAUAACACUUAACUGUCAUGUAAUAACCACCUUGAAACAAUUUGUUCCUAAACUAGUUAUUUAGUUUAAAAUAAGUUUUAUUUUGAGAAAUAAGAUUUUAUAAACUUAAGAAUUCAGUACUUAUACACUUUUAAUUUAUUUGUAGUCAGCAAGUCAUGUUAGUUGUCACUGUACAUCAGCACACUGACCUGGCCUAGACUGUCUCGGGGUCUGCAAGUGUUCGAAAAAUAUUUAAUAUGCAACAUUCAUGAAUAAUUUUAUAUUCAAAUUUAAUAUUAUUUUUAAUUAUUGUUACCGUUAGUUAGGCCUACGCCAUGUGAGACUCAUUCACAAAAAAAAAUUAUUGGAAAAAAAAUUGUAACAAGGGUAGGAUGAUUGAUCGAGAAAUUAAGUUUUGUUUUCAGCAAAAUUGUCCACACGUUAUUUUUAUUUUUAAAAAAAUAUUGAGUAUUAUGGUUUAAAAUUAUUAAUAGUACUCUAUUUUAUGUAAAUAAUCAGAUCAACAAAAUUAUUUUCAAAUUUAAAAAUUUUAUUGGUUUAAGUAAAUGAAUUUUUAGGUGGACAGGCAGAGGCCCUGGACUGUGUCAGUGCGCACUUAAUAAUACCAAAACGUUACUAUCUAAGAAAGUCGUUUAGUUCUCCAGCAAAAAAAUUGGUAUUCCAUUUUCUAAUUUGUAAACGUAUUUGUAAUUAACACAAUCACACUAUCAGGCAUCAUAAAACCAGGGAUGCCACAGCAGCAAUAAAUUUGCUUGGCUGCAGUGUGGUUGAUCCAUGGGGAAACAACAAAUGCUCUUGACACGGUCGCCAAACUAUUAAUUGAAAAACAAGUCAGUUUUAAAAGAUUGAGUAUGUUAAGAAAUUGAAUUGAUGUUGAUGUUCAAUAGGCAGUCUAUUAUCGUUGUUUUUUCCUUCUUUAUUUUAUCAUAGAGGAUUUAAAACUCAUGUUUUUAUAUAAAAAAUAUGUUAUUUGCAGGAUUUUCUUACUACUUAUGAGGAUUAUUUGUAAAUAUUAAGUUUUACAAUAUAUUUGUGUUCUUUUGUUGUGUUUAAUGUGUUAGAUUCACCCUCUUGCAGUGCGAGAGGGAAAUACAUACAACUGUCUAGUCUGUGCAGAAAUGUUUGCAUAUUUUUAUACUUGUAAAAUUUAUUCCAUGUUGAAAUUUAUAUGGCUUGUAUAAAAAUAUCUGUUAACAUUUGUGUUAUGCUGCUGUAAUUUCUGAUUCGGUAUGUCACUGAACUUGUUCAAAAUAAAAUAGCGUUGUUUUAAAA